CUUUCAUAUGCGCCCGCUAUAUUUAAAUGUUGUGUAUGUUCGUUACGAGUAUUUGUUUUGAUUUUUAUUUAAUCUUUUAUUAUUUUAUAAUUUUUGAAAAAGAAACAUGAUAUCAUGUUUCAAAGUCGCAGGUGGAGCUUCCGGUGUGUGGGAGAAUGGAGUCAAUAAUACUCAUGCAGCUGUUUAUACCAGUGUUUCAGAUUUUGAUCAAGAUCAUGCCCCUAAGAUUUCAAAAAUCAUCGAAUCCCUGAGGGACUAUGAUAUUUUCAGAUAUUCUGCAUACCGGACAGCUUUUAAACUCCGGACAAUUCAGAAAGCUUCAAAAUUACACAUGAUUGAACUGUCUAUGAUUCAUUCUUUGUUAAAAGAUUAUGAAUGCAACAGUAAUUCUUUAGAGGAAACUAUUACUCUGGCUAAAGUUGAAAAUCUUUUGUGUGCAUUGUAUACUGAAGCUAGCAAGAAAAUUGGUAUUACAGGAGAACCAAAUACAAUGGCUCUAUUAUUUCUUGCUUUUCUUCAAAAUACUUUUUCUGAAAAUGAUAAAGCCUUGCUAUUUAUUCAAGUGAAGGUUGCUCUUACUUUGUUUUCAUCUGCCAAACUUGCAGAAAAAUACAAAUAUUUUUUUCAUUAUUGUUCUGAUGGAUCUACAAUUAGUAAACAAAAUCUCCAGGUGCUACUGAAUUCUUUAUCUAAGAUAGCUGAAAUUGUUGGAGAACAAGUGACUUUUGGAUCUCAUCUAGUACCAGCUGCUGUUAAAAAUUUACUUAAAUUUAGUAAAGGUAAGAUUACUUUAAAGAAGUUUCAGAAAUGGCUUUUAUUGGAACCACAAACUUUGGUAUGGAUUUCAACACUCCAUAGAAUUUCUUCAUCCGAAACAACACAACAUUUUGUUUCUUGCGAUUACUGCCGAAUAAAUCCUGUGGUUGGUCUAAGAUACAGAUGUUUGCAAUGCAUUAAUUACAAUCUUUGCCAGAAUUGUUUCCUUCGUGGUCAUCUUAAUAAAAGACAUAAAGAAAGACAUCAAGUGCAAGAAUUUGUCCAUCCCGCUUCUACUUGGGAAGAAACAAAAGCUACUGUCAAUGCACUUAAGAAUAAGUUGCCAUUUGCCCAGUGCUCCACUAAGCCAUAUUUAAGUUUUGAUGAAGAGAGUAUAUUUGAAAGCAUGAGAGAAGCAAGCAAAGAUUCAUUCAAGAAUUCUUUGAUAAAUUUAACUCUGAAAAAGAACACAGCAGCUUAUAUUGUUAAGGAGUUAUCAAGCAUUAUUAACAAAUUAGAAGAUGAUAAAGAAAAAGUCUUGGCAUUUAAUGAUAAGGAAAAUGAGUGUGAUAAUGGCCAAAAGAAUCAAAAAGUUUUACCAAAUGGAGAAUCACUUCACAAUUUCAAGUCAAAUCUAGAUUUGCAGUUAGCAAGAUUGAAAGACCUUCUUAAGGACUUGCAAACCCCUGGAAGUUCUCAAAGAGAAACUGUAAACAUUAUUUCUCCUGUAGCCCAUUUUCCAUUCAACAAAAUGGAUCACUACUAUGAAAGCACUCCUUUGAAUUCGGCCAUUGAGUUAAAUAGAAUGCAGCCUUCACUUCCAGUAUCAUGUUUUAGUGCCAAUGAAGCACUGGAGAAGCAACGGAAUCAAUCUACUUCGUUAGAUUUCACCAAUGUUUUGAGUAGCUUCAAAUCUCAAGAAUUAACUGACACUACACAUUUUAGCACUUCUGUUAUCAGCAAGCCAUUUGAGGGACAAUCAGAAAGUGUUUCAAUUGAACUCAGUGAAUUUCUUAAUUUUUCUAGUCCUUCAAACCUUUCAGAAAAGCUAGAAAGGCUUGAUAUAAGUAAACUGAGCCCCAUUUAUUUUAAUUCUAGUAGUGGAUUUGAUGAAUCUAAAAGCAAAAGUUCAGCUGGAUACAAUUUGUCUGUUACACCAGUGCGGGGUUCAGCAUCUAUUCCUUCUAUGAUAAAGACAUGUUCUUCAACAUUUACUUUAAAUAAAGACCAAAGCUUAGAAGCCAUGGAAUUGGAAUUGCAGACCAUGCUUCAACAAAUUGAAAGCUUACUUCCACACGUUUCAGGUUUAUCCAAUGGCUCUUUAGAGAAAGAAAAAGUUAGAAAUGCUUUAUCUGAUAUGGAAACGGCUGUCAAGAAAUUAUCCCAUCUUUCACUUACAAUAUCUACUGGCAGUACUGACCUGUAAAUUACAUUAAGCAGAAUUUGUCUAUAUGGUUUUUAUAUGCCAAUUAUCUCUCCAAUUUGCUAAUACUAACAAAGUAUGAUUUCACAUAUAUUUUUUUCAGAUACUACCUUAUGUGAAAAUGGUAAAAUAUCCUAUCUGAUUACUUAUGCAAAUCUUGCAGUA